GUGAGAGCGGUAGAGGAGCGGCAGACGCGUGCGGCAGAGCGGCAGAGCGGCAGAGCGGCAGAGCGGCAGAGCGGUAAACGCAAGCGGCAGAAGAACCGGAGAAUUACCUGGAAAAUUACCUGGAAAAUUACCUGGACAUUUACCUGGAGAAUUACCUGGACAUUUAUCUUGACAUUUGCCUGGAUAUCUACCCCGUCCUCGGACCCGUUCCGUCUCUUAGAAACCUUUUCCUCUUUACCUGGUUCCGCUUCAGCCAUGGCCGUGACGGAGGCGGGAUGUGACCUGACUUACUGCAGGAUGAGAGGGAUCGUGACGGUUCUGACCGCUUUCAUCAAGGAGAGGAAAAUGGGCCUGAACGACUUCAUCCAGAAACUGGUGUCGUCCCCGCACAUCUGCCAGCACACCGAGGUGAACAACUUCCUGAAGAUCGAUGAGAACCAGAACGAGGAGGAGGACCCGGUCCUGGAGGGCCCGAUGUUCCUGAACUCCAGGACAUCGCUGGCCGAGGAAACUCAGAUCAAACCCUGCGACUUCGACUACCUGAAGAUCAUCGGCAAGGGAAGCUUCGGCAAGGUGCUGCUAGCGCGCCACAAAGAGACCACCAGGUACUACGCGGUGAAGGUUCUGCAGAAGAAGGUGAUCCUGAAGAAGAAGGAGCAAAAGCACAUCAUGGCGGAGCGCAGCGUGCUGAUGAAGAACAUCCAGCACCCGUUCCUGGUGGGACUUCACUUCUCCUUCCAGACAACCGACAAGCUGUACUUCGUCCUGGACUACGUCAACGGAGGAGAGCUCUUCUACCACCUCCAGAGGGAGAGGAUGUUCCUGGAGCCGAGGGCCCGGUUCUACGCUGCAGAGAUCGCUAGCGCACUGGGCUACCUGCACUCGCUGCACAUCGUGUACAGGGACCUGAAACCAGAGAACAUCCUCCUCGACUCUCAAGGCCACAUCGUCCUCACCGACUUCGGCCUCUGCAAGGAAGGACUGGAGCCCAACGGAACCACCAGCACCUUCUGUGGGACGCCUGAGUAUCUGGCCCCGGAGGUUCUGCAGAAACAAGCGUACGACCGGACCGUGGACUGGUGGUGUCUGGGCUCGGUUCUGUACGAGAUGCUGUACGGCCUGCCGCCCUUCUACAGCCGCAACACGGCAGAGAUGUACCACAACAUCCUGCACAAAGCUCCGGUCCUGAAGCCCAACGUGUCCAACUCGGGCCGGGAGCUGCUGGAGGGUUUACUGGAGAAGGACCGGACCAGGAGGCUGGGGGCCCGGGAGGACUUCCUGGAGCUGCAGCAUCACUCCUUCUUCUCCCCGAUCAACUGGGACGAUCUGAUGGCCAAGAAGAUCCCGCCGCCCUUCGUCCCCUCAGUGUCCGGCCCGACGGACCUGCAACACUUCGACCCCGAGUUCACGCACCUGCCGGUGUCGUCGUCGCUGCUCAGCGACGCCCCGGCGGCGACCAGCAGCAUCCGGGAGGCGGCCGGGGCGUUCCCGGGCUUCUCCUACGGGCCGCCGCAGGGCUACGCCUUCAUGUGAGCGGCGCCGCGGGGGCCCAGGAUCUCCGGGGGGCCCAGGAUCUCUGGGGGAACUGGUAGCACAACAGAACCGGCCCGACACUCCCGCCAGAACCGGCCCGAACAAUCGUCCACGUGUGCCAAGAACGGCGGCGCUGCAGCGCCAGGAACCGUCGGCCGGUUCCGACCCAAGGACAAGUGCCUGGCGUCGGAGAGGGACGUCCGGCGGCUAGCGGGCGGCUAGCUGGGAUGCCUUUGUUACGCUCAAACUGUCUUUUAUUUUUAUCAUUAAUGUUCAAGAUGCAUGUAGCACCUUAUAAUGUCAUAAUUUCCUGAAAAUGUAAUAAAAUUUGCACUUAACUCAAUCGAAAAUGUAACAAAAUCCAAUAAUGUAAUAACUUAACCAAUAAUGUAAUAAAAUAUCCCGACUGAUAUUGUAAUAACAUUUUUACCCAUAAUGUAAUCCAUUAUUACAUUAUUGGGAAUUUAUUACAUUUUCAGGUGGGUCUUCUUUUUUUUUCUUCCAAAACUGAUAAUAAUACUUGAAAAAUAAUGUCAUAUAUUUGUUCAUUUUCAGUCCACAGUUCUACAUUUUGUGUUUUAAGUAUCUAAGAAUGUUUUAUACACUAAACUAUUGGGUUAAAUUGCAGACUUUGGGUUCCAUGUAAUAAAUUCCCAAUAACGUAAUAAGGUAUAACGUUAUCGGUAAAAAUGUUAUUACAAUAUCCGUCAGGAUAUUUUAUUACAUUAUUGGGUUUUAUUACAUUUUUGAUUGAGUUAAGUGCAAAUUUUAUUACAUUUUCAGGAAAUUAUUACAUUAUAGGGUGCUACAAUGCAUUUUGUUUUUUGUGUAAAUGCUGAAUUGCACUCAAGGAAAAACAAGCAGAUCGAAGAAAAGAGAAGAGAAGAAAAGAGAAGAGAAGCCCCGCCCCUUUUUGGACCAGAAAAGAUGCUCAUGGGUAAUUUAAUGGCGUUGAAAUCCAGCGUGGAUCGAACACUAAAUGUAGAAGCUCCGCCUCCAGCAACCAGCACCACGUCAGGAACUGUAGCUGUCACUCAAAGGAAGCCACGCCCCCAAUUGUGGGCGUGGUUCGACUCUCCGCCCCCUUGUGGUCAGGAGGGGAGUUUCUACAUAGCGUGGCUUUAAUCCAACCUCUUUCUUUACCUGUUUUAUCCUCAUGAACUUAACACUUUACUGUGUGUAAAUAGAUACAUUUUACGGUGAAACCGGAAGGUUUUCACGUUAAAAAAGAACUUUCACUGUUUAACUUCUAAAGGUCCUGCAGAUGUUUAUGAUUCCCUCGUGUACAUAUUUACAUAUUUACAGAGUUUAUGGAUAUAUAUCAUCUAUUUUUUGGUUGAAAGUCUUGCACCAUUGACUGUUGAUCGACGAGGAAUCUCCGAUCGAUCGAUCGAUCGGGAGAUUCGGAACCAGAGGACACGCCCACAUCAGUGACUGCGUUUCCAUGCAUCAAUAACCUUUUAAAACCGGAAUAUUAGCAAUAACCGGGUUUUGCACGGCCAUGUAAACACCAAUAACUCCUUGGAAUAACCAGAAUUUGAUUGGUUUGAUCCAGAUAAAUGAUUAAUUACCAUGUAAACAGAGAUAACCCUGUUUGCUCACGCAUGGAAACACUUUAUUCCCAAUGUUUCAGGAACCGGAAUAUUAGCAAUAACCCGAAUUUUGACUGCAUGUAAAUGUAGUCAGUGAGCGAAUGUGGAUCUUGUUUGAGAUUAUCUUCGUAUUUCUGUGUCGUGCCUGAUCCGUGUUUAUCGUACGUUUAUCGUACGUUUAUCGUACGUUUAUCGUACCUACAUAUCUGUCCCCCCCGAACCUCCUGGUUCCGGGUCUAGAAGAUGGUUGUGCAAUAAAUUGCAAUAAAUUAUAAACCCAGAACAUAUCUCUCAUAUCUCUAACACGUUCUGGAUCAGGUUCUUCCACAUUUGGAAGCUUUUGAAAUGUUUUUAAGUGUAUUUUUAAUGUUCCCGUCUCUGUGUAAACGUCACCGACAUGAAAAACUGUAAAAUCUGGGUCAUAAAAGUCAAAUAAAGAGU